AUGUCCACCGCCUCGGUCGGCCCCGCAAACCUACCCGAAUCUCUACUAUGCCAGUCUGAGACACGUCCAUUCAGCUGCGACCGGACUGUAACAGUAGAUGUCAUUACUGAACUGCCGAAGUCAAUUAGGGAUAAUUCGUAUGAUGAGAAGGAAAGCACCUUUACUCCAGUCUUCAUAUUCCAAAUGGCUAGCGAUGAACUUAUCGUUGCAAAGUUGCCCUUUAGAUUAGCAGAGCCUCCACGAUUCUCGACAAAUUCAAACGUCACAAUCAUCAAGUACUCCGAGACUGAGAUCCCUAUUCCAAAGAUGCUUGGCUGGAGUGACGACCCUUCCAAUCCCAUUGGCGGCGAAUACAUUAGCAUCUGUUAAGCUGUCUAGUAUGGCGACUGAAAAUAAAAGAUGACGGCUGGGCCUCCUCAAAAGACUGGG